AUUGUGUGCCGUCACUGGCAGAACAUGUUGGCUAUAACUAGCGUUAUUGUUAAAGCAAUCCAAUCCUUGUAUAAAACGGGGGCUUCGAAUACAAGACCAUGCAAAUCGGAGACGUGUCGGAAGAGAAUUUCAAAUCGAGCGAAACAGAUGCAGCGCUGCAAGAUGAAACUGUGAAGCUCUCCAAUAUGAAAAGCAGACUUUAUUUCAACUUAUUAAUCAUUGGACUGUUUCAGCUGACAGCUACUUCUGAAAAUGGACUCAAGAAAUACCAGACACUUUCUCCAGAAGACAAUAACUUUGAGGGAAUUAAAACUCCAAUAGCACAAGACAAAGCACCCCACAAUGCAAUGCAGAAAGCAGUGGUGCAGCUAGAGAAUCAGACUUCCGAUCCCCAGAUUGUAACUUCAUCAUCAGCUAGAAUGCUGUUGCCGACACAAAGCAAAAGCCAUAGGCAAGAUAAGGCUGAAUCUAUAAAUGCAACUACCAAAGAAGAAGUAAUAAGUGCAGUAGUAGGAAGCAUUUUGACAAAAGAUGGAUCAGAUUUACUCAGCCAGACUGAUGAUAGUACUUUAACUUCUCUCGCAAGCAUUGGCAAACUGCAAAAUCUCACACUAAUCUCUAAUUAUGAAGCAGAGGUUUUGGCAUCAACACUGGGAUCCAGUAAGUCACUGAUAAAUGGGAGUCCUACAGAGACACAAACUCUGUUCGAUGGAAAAGAAAUUGAACACGUUUCUUCCGCUCAGACGAUGGCAAUAAGCAAUAAUCUUGCAGCCUCUGUAUUUUUAUCUAAAAUACCUGCUUCUUUCACAGAACCUAGUCCAAAACCAGCCCCCACUGUUUAUCAGACAAACAAACCUGAUGUGAUAACUACAGCUACAGAAAAGCUGACAAGGACAGAAGAGCCACCUUUUUUGCUGGAAUCAUCCAAACUAGCAAACGCAAUACAUAAUGGCGUUACCCCCCAGCAGGAGGAAUUACACACAGAAAAAAGGAUUAGAGAUUUUAUAGGUUUAACAACCUCUGAGGACAAAGCAGGUGUAGAAUUGAUUCCUACAACUGAUAAAGUGCACAUGCUGACCAUAAGUUCAGUUAGUCAACCUAAUAUUCUGCCAAAUUCAACUGGAACAGUAAGUACAGAAGUGUUCAAAACUACCAGUACUCCUGCUGAUAAUACUAGGAAAUCUACAAAUAUAAAAACCUCAAUGUCAACCAUUGAAGUGUCUGACAGGCCCACAGCUUCUGUCAUGCCACUUACAACUGCAAGUAUUAGACAUAUGCUUGAAGGGCAUCUUGAUUUAGUAGAUGAAACUUCAGAUGUAACCACAACAAUAACUAAACAAAGCCCUGACACCUUAUCGACUCUGACUGUGACAAGCACUCAAAUAUUGCUUCCCACUAAAGGUAGCUUGAUGUCAACCGCCAGCUCUGAAUCAAUUGUAUUACCACGUGUAACAAGACCUGUAUUAUCUGAAAACAUUCAGAAAUCUAGUGCGCCGUUCAGUAAGGUUCUGUUAAUGUCAACGACUUUUUUGUCAUCUACUCUUUUUCAAGAUGCUUUAACAGACCGCACAGCUAACAGAUUUCAACAGGAAACUGCUGUAUCCAAAGCAGCGAGUACAGCUGUUACAUUUCUUUCUCUCGAACAAGAUAUUUUGAAAAGCAGUUCAAGAAGUGCUGCAGGCUUCAUAACAACUGUACCUUUUGUUCAGGACAAAUCUUCAAAGAGAACCCCACCACACACCAGCACGGAGACUGCUAUACCAACCACCUUCACCAUGACAAGUGACACAAAUGUGAAUACAAGUGCCGACGGACUGCCGAGCCAUUUAAACACUGGGGAUUUUAGACAUGUUACAAUAACACCAAGUACCGACAGUCGAAAUGUAAUCAUACCGAAAACAGAGGGACAAGGCAUUAGCAGUGUUUCAACAAUACGAAAUGGAGCUGGGGUGCAGAGUAAUGUGGCCAAAUCAACCAGUGUGGCUCACAUACCUGUUAAAAUCCCCCCAUCACUAAGACCCCACUUGUUCAUCAGCAGCACUAUGCCUGACGUUCACAGAGGAGCGCAAAAUGUAACACCGACUAUGUUCAUCAUUUUGAAUCCCAAACCAGGCAGAACAAGCAAGCCUGUCAGCACUAGUUCAAAUAAUCUCUUAUUACUAAACAAUCAUUCGACAAGCAGUAUUCAACAAGAAGUGAGCAGUUUAACUUCUAGAUGCUCCAACUGUGUUACAACAACCCACUCUUCCCCUGUUUCUUCUCAUCCACCUGAAAGACCUGUUGCCAAAGAUCUGUCAAGGAACACCACUGCAGACUCCUUUGGUAGUUUCCUCCACGUUUCUUCAGAGGAGCCCAACACUUCUCUAAGUAGAAAACCACUGUCCUUUCAGGCUCUGUCAGAUGUUUCCACACCAGUGUUGCAUUUAACAACACCAGUAUCACCCAAGCCUGUAUUUUCUUCUACCUUACCCAAAUUAAAUUUGAUUCAGGAAACACCUCAUCACAAGCUUGCACCCCCAGAAACGACAAGAGGAUUAUUAAACAUUGAGGAGGUCUUCAAAGACAUAACUGGCCUGGGCACUGUUAAAAGUAUUACCAAAAAGCAGACAAUAUCUUCUGAACCCUUCUUGUUACCGAAAGCAACAAUGCCUUUAAACACAGACACUACAUUUAGAAUUGAAGACGCAUCAACGUUACCUACUGCCAAAGCUCCUUCUCUAGUUUCCGACGUACUAUUCAGCAAACCGAACAGCACUGAUGUUAAACAGCAGCAGGAUUUACCCUCGGUGCAACUUCUAGAACUGGACUUGACGGUUGUUCAGGCAACUACCCAGCCAAUGACUUUGCCUGCCUCUGAAAUUGCAGCUUCUGAAGUUAAAAUCCAAAGCAAAGAGAAUGUCACACCUCCAGUCACAUCCAGUACAGUUCAAGACAUGAAUAAAUCCAACAGUUCUCCCAAAAGGACUGCCUUUACUUCCAAAGCCUUUGAAAUCAAAGAAAACAAGACAAUCAUUUCAGACUUUAGUGCCUUAUCGCUCCAUAAAGAAAGGACUACACAAAUUAAGUCUCCCACACCAACAGUUCCAGUUUUUGCUGAUCAUAUCAAGUCCCAAGCCAUAGAAAACACAAAAGAUGCUGGUCUGACAACAGCAGUGAGGUCAACUCUCAAUCUGACCCAACAAUUUAUAACUGAAAACAUAAAAAAGCCCAGUACUGUCAACAAUAACAGAACACAGAUCAAGCCAACAAAACCUCUUACAAUGUCAACUGUCAGCAAUUUACUAAUCAAUACCUCAGUACCAAACUCUACAACAGUUACCUUUCAAAGAACUGGGGCAGUAAAAUCAACAAGUAUAAUGACUCUGCACGCAACAUCUAAAGAGCAAUCGAUAAACACGGGCAUGCAGGCUAUAAUAUUAAACAAUGUUUUUACAUCAGGUGCCACUGGUCCUAGUUCACCUAAAAGAAACAUCAGUUAUGAAGACCAAAAACAAAUCAGAGAUGUGACAACAGGUCAGAUGCUCAUGUCCCAUAAUACAAUACAAGAGAAGGUUUCUAUUCCCCAAGCUCUGAAUGCUGGACUUGUCCAUACUGUUUCACUGCAGGGUGCCAGUGUCAACACUAAACAAUCUGAUGGCUCUUCUCAAUUUCCACACACAGAUACGCAGUCUGAAACUGAGUUUCUUCAGCCUCUCUCUGAAAUAUCAACACCUAAUAAUCCUUCCGGAAUUGCAAAGGUUUUAGGUCUGCAAGAUACCACUGGGGAUAAAACAGCAACUGCAGGGUUUGAAAGAAAUCAUGAAUUCACAAGUAUGUUAAAUAAAUUAAGCUCUGCAACGCCUAUUCCUCUAGUUACAAUCAAGAUCGACCUGCCUACUCCUAAUGUUGUCCAAACACCACAGAAAGAACUAUUAACCGUUAAUGCCGAAGACAAAGCGACUCUGCUUACCGUAACAAGAUUACCUGAAAUAUCUGGAGACUUAAUUAACAUGACUUUGCCUGUCUCUGGAAAACCCCAGUUGGUAACUUAUUCACAGAAACAAUCGACUUUGAAGGAAAAUGCUUUGACCUUGCCCGUUUUAGCAGAUUCGAUAAAUGUAACAGAUAAUGUUUCACCAGAAAAAGGCACUUUUACACAUUCUCCAUCACAUUCCCCAUUGGAGGGUUUUAACAAGCUAGAGUCCAGUGCUUUAUCUAAUCUAGUAUCUUAUAAAAACCCAGUCUCCAUUUCUAAAGAACCCUUUCCCACACGCAAGCCUGACAUUCAGACAUCUGGGAUGUUAGAAAAAGAAAGCUCUGCUUCUUCAGAUUAUAUGGAUUAUAUAGAGGAACACACUGUAGAAGCACUAGCAGAGGCAGGGCUGGAGCCAAGGGAAACAUUGAGACCUUCUGCCCUCCUUACUGCCACUGAAGUACCUCCCAUGCAAAAGCUGUUUUCAACAACCACUUCCAGAAUGAAGCCAAGCUUGUAUUUACCAGCAGCCACAGUGGAAGGAACUGAACUGGAACCCGCUUUCUUAAAAAGAAACAACGUUCAACAAAUGUUCAUGAUGCCUUCUGCCGUUUUUCUGAGCGGCUUUGCUGUUGUUUCCGAUGAUAUAUGUGGCUCUGGAAACUACGCGGCUGAGAUGAACCUCAAUCUGGGGAGAGAGCUAACCCCAGGCGACGUCAUUCCUCCUCAAGGAAAUCUUAAUGUUGAUAUUAAUCUGAAAACUAACAACAGUCAAAUUCAUCUGGAGAUAAGGUCAUGCUGUCUCUCGCCUACCGCUCAACCAGAUGAAAUCAAUAGCACCUGCUGUACAUUCGCAAGGUUGCCUUUAGACUCCAAGGAUAUUCGAUUACUCCGAAGCGGGCAGUCUAAAAGAGCCAGGUUCACCAUCCAGCUCUUUCAAAUGAUCAAUUACUCAACGGCAUACUUACAUUGUGAACUAGGCAUCUGUUUGAAAAACCACACUGAAUGUGAAACUCAAUGUUUUAAACAGAGGAAGCUGUAUACAGAACAGGGAGCGAUACAAAACAUGAGGAGAUCUGGCAACCUGAUUUCCUUUGGUCCCAUGCUGAAGAGAAGUGCCGAGCCCUCUCAAGAACAAUAUGGUUCAACAGCAAUGAAGAGGAUCAUUAUACUGUUGGGGUGUGUGCUUGGGGGUUCUCUUUUGACGUGCACGUUCCUGUUCGUGUGGUUAGCCCACAGAAGGAGAGCUAGAAAUGCCUCUAUGUUUCAAUUGGGUUUCAUGGAAUUUGCAUAAAGUGUUUACAUUUACUUUUUUGGUUCUUCUACUGAUUAAAAACGGUCCAUCAGCUUACCCUUAUAAAUGACUGUCUUAAUGUAUACAAGUUCUUGACAACGACCUAGGCUGAGGAGAUACUGGCAUUGACACUGGUCUCGAAUUCAAAGGCUCCUGGCUUCAGGAAGGACAUAAUCUUAUGAAUCUACAUGAAUAUGCCCUUUUCCUAGUUUGAUUCCAGCCACUGGGCAUUGCAGAGGUUUAAGCCAUUGUUACAUGGUGCUACAUAUGUGCUUGACUAGCACAGCUUUUUAAAACGAUACAGGAAAAAAGUAACCUAAAGGGAA